UCUAGAGAAGCUGGGGGUCCUAGGAGUCUGGCCCUCCCUCUGUGCUGCCACUUGUAGGAACGGUGGGAAAAGCGAUCUUCUUGGCGGGGGGGGGAGAGGGAGAGCCGAGGUGGAGGCAUGCUCAGUAGCUUCUGCCUCCUCCUCCUCAGCAACAGUGCCUACAAGACCAAGAGGCUGUUUGCAAGAGGAGCAGAAAGCCAUCUUUGCUAGUAGCAACUGAGGGAGAGAGAAAGCAAACCGAAGCUGAGCUUAUCGUCCUCCAGAAGCGAUGUCAGCACCAAUUUCUUCUCAAGGUGCUGGAGGUGCUUCCAGUCCAGGAGCAGGAGGGACUCCUCCACAGACCAAUGUGACCAGCAAUCGGAGACUGCAGCAGACACAAGCACAAGUGAAUGAGGUGGUGGACAUAAUGCGCGUCAAUGUGGACAAAGUAUUAGAAAGAGACCAGAAACUUUCUGAGCUUGAUAACCGUGCAGAUGCUUUGCAAGCUGGAGCUUCUCAGUUUGAAACCAGUGCAGCUAAACUGAAGCGGAAAUAUUGGUGGAAAAACUGUAAGAUGAUGAUCAUCUUGGGUAUUGUAUGUGCUGUCAUUCUUAUCAUAAUAAUAAUUUAUUUCUCCACCUGAAAUACUAAGGACACAUGGUUUGGCAUGUCUUUGUUCACAUUGACCUGUUUUCUGAUAAUCCUUCCAAUGAAACCUGCUUUUUAAUUCCUUGUGUCUUGGAGCUCUUACUUGACAACAUUAUGUAAGAAUUCAAUGUAGUGUUAAUGUUUUGUUUUGGUUUUAGUAUUAUCUUGUUUCUAUAAGAAACUGUGCCAGCUGAAUACUGCCAACUUGUUCCACCCAUUGGUCUCUAACUGUGUCUUAAAAUGUGCCCACGCUGACCUUCAAAAAUUCUCAUUCUUAGAAGAAGAAAAAACCAAAUUGUUUCUGAGACAAAUAAGAAUAGUCACAAAGCCCAUACAUAAAUAGGUUCAAAUUAAAGUGGGCCACAAGAUCCAUUAGUAUCAAUAACUGCUUACUGUCAUAAAAGCUGAAUCUUUACUAAAUAUGCUUCACAUUGCUUGGGCACAUUAUAAGUAUACAUGCGUUGAUGGUUUCUUAAUCUCAAAUACUGUGGUAGUUUUAAUUAGGCACUACUUAAAAUGGAUGUGUGCCUAAAUCUAUCAGUGUUUCUUUUUAUUCUUUUGCUUAUUCCCAUUCAAAUAAAUAGUUAAAUAUUUGACACCACAAAGGUGAUGAGAUGCUGCCAGAUAAAUAUCUUC